ACUCCAAACAAGCACUUUUAAUUACCCUUUCAGCCUGCUGUCUCUGUCGUACUUCGCAGGCUAAAAAAAGGCAGGCAAUGCCCAGAACAGUUCCUCAAGCAAGCCAAAUGAACCAACAAGAGUUUGAAGCGAUUGUAGUCCGCUUGGAGCACGAGAUCAAGUACAUGGGAUUGUCGUUGCAAGAGCAAGUAACCAGGUGUGCGGAAAAGUUUCGCAAAACUGGAAACACGCCCCAAUACAUUCAGAAAAUUGCCAAUAUUCUGGAAAAAUUCGACGAAUACGUCAAGAAGCAUGCCUGUUCGAUUCAGAAGAGAAUUGAGGAUGCCGGACUGCAAGACAAAUACGCGGAUUCUUUGAAGACGUUGCGAGCGCUUUCAAGUCAGGACGAGCAUACCGAAACUGUUCAAUGCUCCUCCGAAUUGGCGCCCAUCAGAAAGCAAACUUUCUCAGAGGCCGACAAAAUUUGCAAUGAAACAACUGUUCAACAGCCUACUACCAACAAUACUGAUGCGCACAGCUCAUCACAGACCAACCAAGAGGGUGUUUGUGGAGAGAAAUGCAUUCCAGUAGCGUCUGAGCCGGUGCAAAGCACUGAGAUGAUCCAAAGCGUGCCAAUUAUCCUUAGCAGCGACUCCGAUGAUGAACUCAACUCAACUCAGGCCCAAACUAAGUCAACCAGCAGCCCUAACGUCGACAAUAUGUCGAUAAACAGUGACGAAACUGUGAGAUUAGAUGGACCGAGGGAAAUCGACUCGGAUAACACCAUUGUAGACCCAACUGAUAUGAUGGAAACCCAACUGAAUUCACGGAACAGCACAGAGAGCGAAGUAUUCAAUGGGCCAGAGGCCGACGAUUUAUCCGUAGUUUCACUUGAUUCCACCAAAUACGACCAGAGCGGUGCUUCAGGAGAUUUACAACCAGACUGCAAAGCUACAAGCAACAAUGGCAAGCAAACGCCCAAGGAACUAGAGGAGAACGGUGGUGCGGAAAGCUCAGAUGAAAGCAACAUUAAUGCCCACUUCAAGAGCAAGAUGAAUGACAAGGACAGGAAGCUUCUAUUUACGUUAAUCGGGAAGUUCUUCAAAGACCUGCAGAAUAACCAGCAAAACAACGAAAGUAGCAGCGAUGAGGCGCGGGAGCCUGUGAAGAAAGGGCGAAUGCUAAAAAAAAUUCGCAAAAAAUCCCGCAUUAGAGCGCAAACAGUAGACGAAAAGCCAAUAGUUCAGGAUUGCAGUAUUCGGCUGGUGAAGAUGAACACUAGCGCAAUUGCGGCGGCUGCGAAUAGUAGUCUUAGCUCCGUCCCUGAAUCGGAGGAAACUGAAAACGAGAUCAUUAAAUUUCGGAGAAAAAAAUGCCGCCCCAUACCCAGUGAUGAGUCGGAAAGUCAAUUGGGGUCUGAGCAAGAGAGAACCGAUUCCAACCUUCAGGACUCCAAGAGAAAAAGACCUAGUAGCAAUUCCGAAUCUUUCUCCUGCAGUAGCCAUUCAGCAACAAAGAUACGGAAAUUGUCCAGCACUGGCGAUAACUCAGACAGUGCGUAUUGUAUGGACAGUAAAGCCAGGGACAGACUCUUGAACAUGCUCAUCGAACAAAACUCCCGUACGCAGAAAGCAUCGGAUUCAAAGGAAAUAACUGCGAAGCAGGGCCAGAAGGAACUGGGCGACAGCGCCGGGAUCAACUUGCUUCAGCAAAAGGAGCUGGAUGGGGCUGCGGAGGACGCGCUGCUGAAGACAGACAGUGAUGAAGAGGACGAAAUCCAGUCAAACCCAGAUGGUGGAUGCAAGGCGUUUAAGUUCACGGAAUCCCAGCGAAGCAAGCUGUUGGAUCUUCUGACCGGCGUUGUGGAAAACGGGGUUAUUCGGAGCGACGCCGAGUCCUCUUCAGAGUCUCACGUGGACAACAAGCGCACGUUAACAGUCGCCAAUGUGUCCAGGGAAGAACUGAACCAACUGCUGAGCGAGUUUGAAGAAACUGUCGUUCUAAAAGCGAGAGACACUGGGCACGAAGACGUGAAAUGCGCUGAAGAACGUGUUGAAAGUUCAGAUCCGGAAAACGACUUGAUCGACAUUCUCCGAGAGGAAGUGAUCAGCACAAAACGAGGUCCUGGACGACCGCGCAAAAGUGUGGAAAGCUGGAACGCAUUCAACAGUCUGAUGAAAAGCGAGGACGACAUAUCCGAUAGUAGCUCAUCCAUAUCACUAUUCAGUGAUUUGGAGGCCGCACUGUCCGAUCAGGAGGAAACGCAUGAAGUGAAGCAGGCAGAAGCAGCUCAAUGGGAACAGAAGUCCGCCUUCAAGAAGGAGCUUAUUGUUAUAGUCAGGCGCUUGGACCUGUCCAAGUACGAAACCAGCCAAUUCUCCAAAGGCAGUGACGACAGGCCCUGCAAUCUAGAUAAUGCUGUCGAAAGCCGCGGCUCCAGUCCAGCCUCCCCACCCAGAGGCAAUUGGGUCCAGUCCACCAGUUCGGAGUUCUCCGGAUCGUCCUUGUCGUCUUUUAUUGCCUCUGAGUGCGGCUCUGAUGUUGAAUACGCAGAUUCGCCGGAAGACUGUGCACAUUUGGCCAAGAGCCUUUGGGAUAAGAUUUGCAGCAGUUCUGAUGAGAAAAGCAGUGUGAAGUGCUCAACUUCCAGCAGUUCUGCCAGCGAAGAAGAGGAAGAAUCCAGCAAGGACGCUGGUGUGCAGAAGUGGGCGGGACAGCGUAAGCGCUCACCCUCCUGGUGCGCCGAUCCGCUUCUGAGAGCUGAUCCACUCAUCGGUGAACAUAGGCAGAAGCGAAAGCGCAGUAAAACCCGCAUUCCACCCAGCCCUCUGGCUUCAGAUAGCGAUGCCACUUAUGUGGAAAACGCAAGACACCCAAAAAGGAAUUUUUUCGCCGAUUUAUCCGACGACAGUGACUUUGAAAUAAUCGAGGGCUACAAAACGCCAGAGGAAGCGAUAAUUAUCACCGAUGAAGAGGAGGGUAGUUCCAGCAAGAAAGGUAAAGGUCGGAGAAACAUCCGAGCAGUGGUUGAGGACCAAGACCUGGCCGAGGCCACUCAGCGAGCCAACAAUGAGGAGCGCGAAAGAAUCAAGCGACUGCAGGAGCGAGAGAAGAGCAAGGAGAACUGCACCCACUAUGCCAGUGAAGAGGAGGCGAAUCCUUUGAUUUUAGACGCUUUGGACUCUGUGGAAGUGAAAGUGCACCCAUCGAUCACCAAGAAACUGAAGCCUCAUCAGCGCAGCGGCAUUCAGUUCAUGUGGGACUCUUGUUACGAGAGCAUCAAGCAACUGAAGAUGGGAUAUGUGAGCUCGGGCUGUAUCCUGGCCCACUGCAUGGGCCUCGGCAAGACUUUACAGGCACUAGCCUUGAUAGAGGCGCUGUUUCGAAACCCCAUCACCAACACCAAGUACGUUCUGGUCGUAUGUCCGCUGUCCACUGUCUCCAAUUGGAGGAACGAAUUCAAUCUGGCCUAUGAAGGGAUCAGGAAUUUGAACAUUCGCCUCUUUACCAUCGAGGACAAAAAGACGUCGAUCCGCAAAUUUGACAUCACCAUCGAGUGGAGGCGAAAAGGUGGCGUUCUAGUGCUCGGCUACGAGUGUUUUGGUAUGAUGAUCAACCAGCAGAAGCUGGAUAGACUGGCGAAGGACGGAAUUGACAAGGCCCUCAUUCUGCAAGCGCUGGUCGAUCCAGGUCCAGAUUUAGUGAUUUGCGAUGAAGGCCACCUGCUGCGGAACAAACAGUCGCAACGGACGGUAGCCAUGAACCAGAUCAACACAAAAAGGCGCAUCGUAUUAACAGGCACCCCGUUGCAGAACAAUUUGCUAGAAUAUUAUUGCAUGGUAAACUUUGUCAAACCCAGCCUUCUGGGUACGGAAAAGGAGUAUAAAACGAACUUUGCCAAUCCGAUCACCAACGGGCAGUUUGAGGACUCGACAGCUGAAGAUAUUAUGUUGAUGAAGAAGCGUACGCAUGUGCUGCACAAGAUAUUGCACCGGACUGUGCAGAGAGUGGAAGAUACGGAACUCAAGCGGUACCUGCCCAAACUGAUUGACCAGGCCGUAUUUAUCCAGAUGAGUGAUUUGCAGGUGAACUUGUACAAUACGUACUUGGACUCGACGGAUUUGCGUCCCAUCGUGUACACGAAAUCAGGCACUAUUAGCCGAAAAAAUUUCUUAGCGGACAUGCAGGUACUGCAGUACAUUUGCAGCCACCCCAACGUGCUGACGACGGCAGAGAAAACGUCCAAGGCCAAGAUCAAAGAACAGGACGUAAUUGAGGAUCAUAUGGAUGUGGAUGUGGACGCGAACGUGCUGAGGAAAGGAGACUGGCACAAGGCGUUGCUCUCGAUGGAUGGGACCAGGCAGCUCGGGAUGGGCACUAAAUUUCUGGUAGCGAUCGGGAUUGUGAAAGAAGCCGCUGCUGCAGGCGAUAAAGUGUUGAUAUUCACGCACUCAUACGCAGAGAUGGACAAUCUGGAGCUGUUCCUCUCUGAAAGUCUGCAAUUUGUCAAAUACGUGGAUUAUUACCGAAUGGACGGCACUAUCAUUCCGGAAGCCCGCUCAGUGAUUUGCAACAAGUUCAACGAUCCCAAUAACUCCCAAGUCAAAGCUCUCAUCGUAUCCACUAGAGUGGGCGGCCUGGGGCUGAACCUGACGGCGGCCAAUCGCGUUAUCAUCAUGAACGUUAGCUGGAACCCUUCAAACGACACCCAAAGCGUCUUCAGGGCGUUUCGAUUCGGUCAGGAAAAGCCCGUGUUUGUCUACCGACUGAUUGCCAUCGAUACUAUGGAGGAGAAAAUCUAUCAACGAGUCGUUACAAAGCUGGCUGUGGCCCAUCGCGUGGUGGACAAACACCAAAUCACCAGACACUACACGGCGUCCGAUAUACAGGAGUACUAUGCAAUUAGGCCGAGGAUCAGGCGUGAUCGGCCACUGCCAAACGUGCCCGAAGACCGCGUUUUGGCCAAUCUGGUGCGGAAGCACGAGGAAGUGUUUCGCUGGCACGAGCACCAGGCGCUGCUGGCCAAUCGGCCCGAAGAGGACCUCAAUGAGCAGCAGAAGAACGCCGCUUGGGAGGAGUUCUACAACCGCACAGAUCAGGCGCCGCCUGUUCGUUCAGUAGACGACCCGUCAUCUGCUCGACACCUUCCAGGCCCCUCUGGCAUGCAGGCCAGAUUCCAAAAUGACAUGGAAAAUGCCGCUUCGGCUGGUCCCGGUUUCAGUGCCGUGACUCCACCCUAUCACACUAACCCACUGAGUUCGCGCAUGCGCUUCCAGCAACGUCCAGUACCAGCUCCUACCCGGUACCAGCUCCUACCGAUCCUAAGACCGCCUCUAUCCACUACCCGUCAACUUUUCCCUUUAGGCGUUUGGGCUAUGAAGAGGAACUUAGUCUUGACUCGAGUGGCUUCUGCUGAUGAGUUCCGGCCAGUUUAUACCAGGCGGAGGCGUGGGCGCCCUUCCAGCCGCCGAUUGCCUGGUGAAGAACGCAAGACCACCUCGAUUCAACCAGCUGCUGCGAGCUCCAGCAAAGCAGUUGAAGAGUUUCCAACAGCUCAAAUCCCACGUGCUCCAACUUCGAACUCUUCAAAUUUAUCGCGAUUGGGAUCAGUUGCGGCCAUACAAGUGUUAGCAACGCCGUCGCGCAAAUUCAGGGACCAUUUGCACGAUCUUCAGCUGAACAAGAAAAAUUACUCGAGUGCCAAUCAGCUGCAGAGUGUUGCAGCUGCUUCUGCUGGCUCUUCGAGCCGUUCUGCUGAUUUGCAGCCGUCCAAGCCGAUCACUCUGGAUUCCAUGGCGGCCAUCAAUCCGACACCCCGACUGCCGAAAUUAAAAGUCAAGCCUCGUUUCGGGGGCAUCAUCAGGUCGUUAUUUCAAUCUGUGCCAAGUCGUACCUAUGAACGAAUCAGAACGCCGCCUUCUAAUAGUAGCCGCCAGACAGGGACCAAUCAGAUUGCACCACCAGCAGAAAAUGUUUUAGGAGGCCUGCUAAGGCGGGCCGACAACAAUAAAGAGGGCCUUAACGAGACUGGCAUUGAUCCGUCAACUAGGAUGGUGAGUGGCUCCAAAACAGGAGAUUUCAAUCAAGUUGUAUUUACUGUCUGUUAAAUUGUUUAAGACGGCAGUGUAUAGAAAAGUUUUUUAUUGGCAA